AGGACAUGAGGAUGGAGCAGUUCAUGGCCAUGUUAAAGAAGAAUGAAAAUAAGCAUCCCCCACCUACCAAGCUGUUGAAUCUAGCAGGACAGCUUUGCCAGGAGCUCCAGAGCUCUUCUGCUACUCUGGAGGAGCUGGUUGAAGCCAUGAUGCAAUGCAAGAACAAGACAGAUUUUCUUAUUAACAUCCAUGUUGUCCGGGCUUGUGUGUCCGUUCAUAUCCAUAAAGGGCAAUAUGACGCAGCCUGCAGACUCCUGGAGUAUUGCAAGGCAGAAGAGAAGGAAGAACUGGUGAAACUUUGGCAUGAGAUUCACUACCAGAGGGUUAUGGAGAAACACCAGACAGAUGUUCUGACACCACUGCAGAAAUUCCGUUGUAGGAAGAGGAAUCCUCCACCUAUUUCCCUUUGUCCUGAGGGUUUGAAGAAUCGAAACUAUUCAGAAGAAGCACGCCAGCACCUGUACAAGUUUGCUGCAGAGGUGACGGCAAAUCCAGACAAGAAACAACGGGAGGGAUUGGCUCAGGCCUUGAACCUACAGCCAAUUCAGGUCUAUAAUUGGUUUGCAAAUUAUCGACGACGUCAAAAAUCUCGCCUUCUUCAUAUGGAAGAGCUCAACAAUUCAUGUCCUGAGAGGGCUUUGGCUUCCCACAGAAAGAAGCCGCAGGAUAAAGGAUCCGAUGCUCCACAAACUGCAGAGUAA